AUGGACAGGGAGAUUGAAGAAUGGGUGGCUACCUGCACACCGUGCCAGCAGUCCAGACCAGCUCCCCCAGAGGUGCCCGCUAAGGAGUGGGAGCGACCUCAAGCACCAUGGUCUAGGGUGCAUAUUGACUUUGCUGGCCCAGUUCAUGGCCGGACAUUUCUCGUAGUUGUGGAUGCCUACUCAAAAUGGUUAGAGGUAGUCCUGAUGAGCUCCACUACGGCUGAAGUGGUCAUCAAGGUGCUACGGAGACUUUUCUCCAAGCAUGGCCUGCCCGACAUCUUGGUCUCUGACAAUGGGCCCCAAUUCACAGCCAUGCAGUUUGAGAUCUUCCUAGCAGCUCAGGGAAUCAGGCAUGCCAUGGUCGUGCCAUUCCAUCCAGCCUCCAAUAGUCAGGUGGAGAGAAUGGUGAGAUCUGCAAAAGAGGCCCUCUCUAGGAUGGGCCUGGGAGAUUGGCAAACACAGGUUGAUCACUAUUUGCUAAUUCAGCACAUAACACCCAGUGCCAUAACAGGGAGAAGCCCCUCCGAGCUUCUCAUGGGUCGCCAGCUAAGGUCCCACUUAGACCAGCUAUACCCCAUCGCCUCAGACUCCACAAGCAAGAUUCGGACAUUAGCGUAG